CGAUUUACAGCCCUAAAGGCACCAAGUGAGAGAACAAGUUCCCGCCACUUUUGGCGUCUCCUUCUUCUCAGUGAAGAGUGAAAGAAAAACAGUAUUCUCAGGAUGUUGUGGGUCGACAAGUACCGACCCAAAACCCUAGACCAGGCAAUUGUCCACCAAGACGUCGCCCAAAACCUCAAGAAACUCGUCGCGGAGCAGGACUGCCCCCAUUUGCUAUUUUAUGGCCCUUCUGGUUCCGGCAAGAAAACCCUAAUCAUCGCCCUUCUUCGUCAGAUUUUCGGACCCAGUGCCGAUAAGGUGAAGGUGGAAAACAGGGCAUGGAAAGUCGAUGCUGGGAGUAGAACAAUUGAUAUAGAGCUGACUACAUUAUCGAGCACCAAUCAUAUUGAACUGAACCCCAGUGAUGCAGGGUUUCAAGACAGAUAUAUUGUUCAAGAGAUAAUCAAAGAAAUGGCUAAAAAUAGACCCAUUGACACAAAAGGGAAAAAAGGAUAUAAAGUCCUAGUGCUGAAUGAAGUUGACAAACUUUCAAGGGAAGCGCAGCAUUCUCUUAGAAGAACUAUGGAGAAAUAUAGUGCUUAUUGCCGGCUAAUACUAUGCUGUAACAGUUCUUCAAGGGUUACUGAAGCAAUCAGGUCUCGAUGUCUUAAUGUGCGAAUAAAUUCACCAACAGAAGAUCAGAUUGUGAAGGUAUUGGAGUCCAUCGGAAAGAAAGAAGGGCUGCAACUUCCUUCAGGAUUUGUUGCUCGUAUAGCUGAAAAAUCCAAUAGGAGCUUAAGGAGAGCUAUAUUGUCAUUGGAAACUUGUCGUGUUCAACAAUAUCCGUUUACAAGUAACCAGGCCAUACCACCUAUGGAUUGGGAAGAAUAUGUUUCUGAAAUUGCAUCUGAUAUAAUGAAGGAGCAAAGCCCUAAAAGGCUUUAUCAAGUGCGGCAAAAGUUAUAUGAGCUGCUGCUUAAUUGUAUUCCUCCGGAGAUCAUCUUGAAGAGACUUCUUUUUGAGUUAUUGAAGAAGUUGGACGCGGAGUUGAAGCACGAGGUUUGUCAUUGGGCUGCAUAUUAUGAACAUAGGAUGCGUCUUGGGCAAAAAGCCAUAUUUCACCUUGAAGCGUUCGUGGCCAAGUUCAUGAGCAUUUAUAAGGCUUUCCUCAUCGAAGCGUUUGGCUGAGCAGUAGACUGGCAUAAUGGCCUUCAACCAAACAUUAUGGCAACGAAUUGUGUACUAAUGUUACUAGACAUUAUGAGAAGAUGUGUACUCGCAAACCAGCUUUGUAAUGCAGUUGUAUUUUCACUCCAUUUCAUUAUUAUUACUGAAUUUCCUUUUUAAA